AUGGAUGCUUUCCAUUUAUUACUUGGAAGACUACGGCAAUAUGAUAAGCGUGCUUUUCAUGAUGGAUACCGGAACACCUAUUCAUUCAUAAUUGAUGGACGUAAGACUGUUUUGACACCAGUGUCUGAUACGCUAAUGACCAGAUCACAGAUUAUUGGCCACAUCAAUAAAGGAGAGCCAUUUCACAUAGUAGUAGCCAUGGAAGACCCGCGAGAUGAAGAGCAUGAGUUAGAUACACGAGACAAGAAGUUACUUGCCAAUUUUGAUGAUGUGAUCUCUAAAGAUGUACCGUUAGAACCUCCACCCAUGCGCGAUAUUCAACAUCAAAUUGACCUUAUAUCCGGAGCAUCAUUACCAAACAAAGCAGCUUAUAGGAUGAAUCCUAUACAACAAGCUGAACUCCAAAGGCAAGUCGAAGUGUUAUUAGAGAAGGGUUUAAUAAGAGAGAGCCUUAGUCCCUAUGACGUACCUGCUUCGCUUGUUCCUAAGAAAAAUGGCACUAGGAGGAUGUUUGUUGACAGUCGAGCAAUCAACAAGAUCACUAUCAAAUAUCGCUUCCCAAUCCCAAGGAAGUCCAGCGUUCGUGAAGAGGAAUUUGUGGGGCUGCUGGGUUUGGCCUUUGCGGACGCGAAUGCGAGGCAAGAGUUGGACAAGCCUUCGCGAAGGUGGCUAAGGCGACGUGAAUGCGAAGAAGAAAGGAGGGAGCUGGGCCUAAGGCCAUUUGGCCUACGCGAACGCAUAUAG